UUCAACUCACUAUUUUGAGAAAGAAAUCAGAUUAUCGCAGCAACAAAUUUAAUGGAUUAAUAACUGACAUUACGCGUACUCACAAAUUCAAUAAAAAAACCCAUACUCUAGUAUAGCAACUUUUUAAAUUUUAAGUGGAAAGCAAACUCUUCAAACUUAAACUUAAAACUACAAUAGUAACAACCACCUUUAACACCAUCUAAACACCAAUUUGCCAUCAUGUCCGAGACGCAAGACAACAAUGGCGAUCAGCAGUUGCUGCAGGAGGAAGCCGGCGGUAGUGAGAAUAAAAUGAAGUCUCGCCUGCGUAAGGGCGCACUAAAGAAGAAAAAUGUAUUUGCGGUCAAGGAUCAUUGCUUUAUACCGCGUUUCUUCAAGCAGCCUACAUUUUGCUCGCAUUGCAAGGACUUCAUAUGUUUACUUCUUAUUAAACUCAAGCAUACAAAUAUUCCAGUUUUUAGAAGCAUUGACGUUAAUUCCCAAAAUAUUUGGGUCAGUUGA